CUUUUCUCCCUUAAGGUUGCUCCGAUCAUACGUUUUGCUUAAGGGUACCCGAUGACAAGCAAGACGGAGCUAUUCGUCUGGAAAAUCUGUUGCAGAGCAGAGUUAAACAAAACCCCACUCCGCGGUAUAUAACUAUGCUGUAAAACGUGGGCGCGUGUGUGUAUAUAUUACUCUAUAUAAAACAAAUGAAGAAAAAAAAAAAAAAAGGAAAAACCUGUCCUGGUCUUUUAUUUGCUCCUAAGUUCUUAAAUGGAAAAGCAACCCUGUGACCUCAAGGCAAGCAAUGAAAAAUUCAUGACAUUAAAAGCUAGCUACAUCAAUGGCUUCUGUGGUUUCACAGUCAGUAUUUAACAAGUUUGUUUCAGUUUCUUUCUGUUGCUUGCCUUUUAUUUCUUUCCCCCGUGGGAAAACAUGGUUAAACCUGUAAUCAGUGGAAAUUAACCUUCAUUGGUCUCACCUAUUGUGGAAAUCUACCUCCUCAAUUUUGUAAGGUAGUUUCAGCUUAUUAGAACCUGAAUGUUACAUUCAGCUAUUCCAUAUACCACUGUUUCUGUGUUCCUCCCACACGUCAAGUAAAAAGGUUAAUUCUUACCAGUUUUUUGUAUUAUGUGUAUUUUCUUCCAUGACAGUUACUGUGAGUGGGCUGUCAAGUAUACAGAAGAAAAUUUUUCCUGAAAACUUUUAAAGUGAUCAUUUCACAGUAUUUUAACUCUUCUGGGAAUCUCAGCUUCUUUUUUUUUUUUUUUUUUUUUUGAGAUAUGCAAAGACAACGUAAGUGGUGAACUUACACUGAAAUGUAUGUUUAAAGUUGUGUUUUGUGCUGUUGACCAGGUUAUCCCACUAUGGUCCACAAGGUAGUAUAAGUACAAUAGGAGUACAUCCUUUGGCUUUUAAUAUUUAUUUUUUUUUUCUGUAUUCUUGAAUGACUUCUAUAAUCAAGAAAAACACAUAGCUUUUUGUUUUUUGAUAAGCUAAUGCAUAGACAUAACAACUUUUCUUGCACUACACCAUGGCAAGGCAAGGAGCCUUCAUUGUGCUCAAAUCUUGGGGAGAGCGUAUCUGUUCUUAUCACUGACAAAGUCAGCAAUGCUUUUGCCAUUAUUCUUAAUUAUGAUCUCUGCAGAAAUGAGUAAGUUGUGUAGAAAUUUCUGGUUAUUGUUAGCAGUUGUUGGCAUUGUUUGAGAUUAAUACUAUAGGGACCCUGAGUUUCUGUAGGUGGAUGACUUCUUGCUACUGAUGUUCCAAGGACUGUUGCUCACAUAUAGCUUUGAUCAGAUGAUACGUUUCUUAAAAUGCCUGUGGCAUUUUAUGCACUGAUUUUCCCAACAUUUCUGUCACUGGUUACAGUGAACCACUGUUAGCAAUACAGAAUUUUCCCUAGUGGGGAAUUCUCCGAUAGUGGGGAAGAAGUAGGUAGAGUUACAUCAACAUUUAAGUUCUGUUACAAGAAGUCUUUGGGCAAAUAGUUCUGUUUUUCCUGUCUUCUUCAUUUGAUUGUGAGGGAAACAUAGAGCAGCAAUACUGAAAAGCAUUUUGUAGAAUGAGUAUCUUUUUGCUUUUAUAAAUCUGUGUUUGCAAUAGAUGUCAGAAGCCAGCAGGAGGAGAGAAGAGGCGUUGUGGUAGCUUACGUAAGAAAAAUAGUGAGAAGACUGCAGCUUGGGUAAAGAUCUUUGAUUGGCAUCUAGGUCUUGGGCUGCUUCAGCUGGUCCAGCCAGAAGAUCGGUUUGCUGAAGGUGAAACAGGAGAAGAGUCUGUAGUGGUUAUUGCAGCAAGUUUCUUCAUGUACAUCUGGAUUUGACCUGGACCUAUUUUUUUUUUUUUCCUCUCUUUUUUGAUUUUUCCUUUUUUUUUUUUUUUUUUCCUCUCUGAAUGUGAAAAAUUGAGUACAGCAGCAUUCUUUAUCACUCUUAAGGAAUUUUGUUCUAUCUAGAUCAUGGAAAAGCCUUUGGUUUUGUAUAUAUUUUUAUUCUACUGGCAUUUCCUAAAUGCUCUGUUCACGGUUGAAGCUCCACAGUCACUCUACACUGUGGAACAUGGGAACAAUGUGACCAUGGAGUGCACAUUCCCAGUGAAUGGGAAAUUAAAGUUUAGAGAUUUAAGUGUCAGCUGGGAAAAGAAUGAUGAGAAAAAGAAGCAGGUUUAUGCACUUCUCGAAGGAGUGGAAGACUUCAAAAGCCAGCACAGUGAUUUUAAGGGAAGAAUAAAAUUGUUGAAAGAGAAUCUGCAUUUGGGACAGUCUCUCCUUCAGAUCACUGGCGUGAAGCUCAGAGAUGCAGGGGUUUAUCGCUGUGUUAUUGGCUAUGGGGGAGCCGACUACAAGGCCAUCAAUCUGAAAGUUACGGCUCCUUAUAGAACUAUAACCCAAGGAGUGGUGAGCACAGGAGAGAACAAGUGGAAGUUGACGUGUCAGUCAGAAGGAUACCCACAAGCUGAAGUGAUAUGGCAAAACGGAGAAUAUGAAGAUUUGACUGAUAAGGCAAACACAAGUUAUGAAACUGGAAGUGACCAGCUGUAUCGUGUGACAAGCACCCUCACAGUCAAAAGUAGGAUAGAUGAGAUUUUUUACUGUAUAUUCUGGAAUAAAGAGCUUCAAGAAAAUACAUCUGCCAUUUUACAUAUAGAAGAUUCAGGUGAUGGUGUUAUGUGGACUGAGAGCAGACGCUUCACUGGAGCAAUUCUCAUUGUGACUGCUUUCUUUGGAUCAGCACUUCUAUUUAUGCUCUGCGUAAGAAAAGCUGGAGCACAUAUGGACAACAGGACACGUGCAACUUGUUCAUCAAUAGCAAAGCUGUCAAAAGAUAAGAAUACACAUGACUGCAGAGAUACUUCUUUUGAAGAAGAAGAGCUGAAAUGUAAGAAAAUGGAGAAGACCUAAAGAAAAGAAGGGAAGCAUUUUUUCCUCUGUGGUGAAAGUUUGACAGCUCAGGUGUUAUGUGUUCUGUAUAUUAAUGGGGAUAUUAAUUAUUUGUUUUUACUCUGUGAUGGCAAUCUUCUUUCAUAUUGUUGUAACUCAGGAAAAACUGCAAUGAAGUUAACAGAAUUAUUACAGCAUAAAAAGUCCUUGGAUUCAGGCUUCUGUAGAUGUGACUAAGUAUGAAGGUAUUUAUUUAAAUAUCCAGGUUUCUGCGGUCUCAAGUUUAUGCACUUUUGAAGACAUACUUCAUUAAAAACAUCUUUAAGGUAAAGCACUUUAGGUCUGUGACCACCCUGAAUUUCACAGUUAGUUCUUGAGCAGGCCAUCUUCUGGACCUGCUUUUUUCUUUCCCUGCCUGAGCUCUCAGUUACCUGCAGAGAUUUUGUUUUCCAUCUUAUGAAGAAAUUUUUCAAUGUUUUGAUCCUUGUAAGAGUAAACAGUGCAGCAAGACAAGCUACUGCACAGUCAGGGCAUUUUCUGUCCCUCCUGUGGAUCUUCAAAUACUAGAUACUCACAGCUAAACCUGAAAUAGAUGCUGUAACCCUUUUGGCAACUACAGUUUGGAAAUUAUUGCGGAACUUCUUGAUUACUUUCUCUGAAAAGUGUUUCAGGGAUUUUAUUUCCUUGUGAUACAGCUGGGACUACUGGUUUAUUGGUCAUUACUAUUCUGAUUCACCAUUUGGGGAUAAUGCAACUCAUCGGAUAUCCAGGAAGAACAGCUUUUGAUUUGGACUGUCCUUUUGUUCAUCAUGAAAUAUAUGCUCAUGUGAUUACUUAAGAAAUCCUAGGGAACAUGCUCCUGGAUCCCAUUUCUUAAGCUAUUGCUUUUUUUUUACAUUUUGCUAAGCGCAUAGCUGCUUUUUUUUGGUCAUACUCAGAUGAAAGUUAUUUAUUACAAUGCUAUUCACAAUUAUAUUUUUGUAAUAAAAUACGUUUUGGUUUU